AUGGCACUUAACAAUAAGAAAGGAUCUGACGUUGAGGGUGGUACGAGCGAGCAACUGUACCCAAUGAUGCUAGAGCCACCACAGUUUCGCUGGGCUUUUAUCAGGAAAGUUUACAUAAUACUUUCCAUGCAAUUGCUUCUCACUGUUGGUGUUGCCGCUACCGUCGUCUUUGUGCAUCCUAUCUCCAAUUUCGUUCUCCAUACGAAGCCUGGCCUUGCCGUCUUCAUCGUCUCCAUCAUUCUUGCCUUGAUACUGAUUUGCCUGUUGCAUACUUUUCACAAGCGUCACCCAUUGAAUUAUUUUCUUCUGGCGCUAUUCACUAUUUGCUUUGUGUUUGCCAUUGGUUUGUCUUGUGCUCUCACAAAAGGUAAGAUCGUUUUGGAGGCAGCAAUUCUGACCAGUGUUGUGGUUGUUGGUUUAACUCUAUAUACCUUCUGGGCUGCGAAAAGAGGCCAUGAUUUCAGCUUCCUCGGACCCUUUCUGUUUAGUGCUUUCCUAGUCCUUAUUGUUUUCGGGUUGAUUCAGUCAGAAGGAAGACAAGUCAAAGACUUGUCAGGUUUGGUUGCAGAAAAGAAGGGUGGUCCAUCUUUUCGCCUGUUACCACAGAUGGCUGGUUGA